AUGGUAGGACGAGGUCCGUGGCAUCUUGGGCAAGGCCCUUCUGAUGUGCGUGGAGUGGUUCGUUAUCCACUGGACGAAGACUGCGGAAAUAGCAGCUUUUUGUCGGAUGCUGUUAGUGAUAUCAAGGCUCCGAUAGAGCAGGAUGUGGGGACGCUGGACGAGGCCGAGUGCGUAUUCCCGCUGGUCUUGAUGAGACGUAAAAUCUCUGGAGAGAGGAAGACGGCGAAGCCGUAUGAUAUCUGCAAGACGCAGGGUGUCGACCCUGACCCAGUAUGUGUCAACGGUAGACAAAUUGCACAGCUAUAUACUUUUGUCAACGGUAUGACGGGAAAGGAAGACGGCGACGUCACCCUCGAGGCCAUUCUCGCGGUGGAUGCUUUUCUUGACAUGGACGAGAUGUCCUUCGAAGAGUUCGGCGUUGCCUUGAAGGAAAACAAUUUUGCCAGUAUGGCCAUUAUGAAACCGAUCAAGGAGAUUAACUCGUCGUCGCUUCUGGAUGAUGCUGAUGCGAAGCGGGUCCUUAACGCAUGA